AAUGUCGUCACUACCGCCAUCGCUUUAUUGUGAACCUUCCUGGGUAUUAGCACAGAUCAUUUGACGAAAAUAACAGCGGCGCUCAGUUUCUGGGUACAGACAGCGAAUGUUUAUUUUCGGGAAUAAUUUAGUGUAUAUUUGAAGCUAUAUCCAGGAGGAAAAACGGUCUUGGUCGCCGUUCAUCGUUUCUUCUCGAGGACGGAUCGCUGAUAUAAAUUGCUGGUUAAGACGAACCCCACCCCCACUCCCCUGUCCCCCCUGUCUGUGGAAGAGCAUGGCUCAGGAAACUAACCAGACGCAGGUGCCCAUGCUGUGUACUAUGGGCUGCGGGUUCUAUGGCAGCCCCCGCACCAACGGCAUGUGUUCCGUGUGCUACAAGGAACACCUUCAGAGGCAACAGGCCGGGGGCCGUGCUAGUCCUCCUGGUGAGAAAGCUACUGCAUCUCCGACAGGGUCUUCUGAGGGUAUUAGUUUUUCUGUAGAGAGCAUCCCUGAACCUAGUACAGAUGAGUCUGUCCAGUCAGAGGAAAGGAAGUCAAGCUCCCCCAGCCCUGUUACCCAACAGAUGACAGCUAUGACCAUCAACCAGGAGAGUCCUGCUACUGAUUCUGACAGGGCAGAGGUGGAGGAAGAGGGGGAAGGGACAUCCAGUCCCAAAGGACCAGCUCUGGAAGUUGCACAGGUUUCGUCUGAUGGAGACCAGACCCCUGACAAGAGUAAGAAGAAAAACCGCUGCUUCACCUGUCGGAAGAAAGUGGGCCUUACAGGGUUUGACUGCCGCUGUGGAAACCUGUUCUGUGCUAUCCAUCGCUACUCUGACAAGCAUGACUGCUCCUAUGAUUAUCGGGGAGCAGCAGCUGCCCGCAUUCGCAAGGAGAAUCCUGUUGUUGUGGCAGAGAAGAUUCAGAAGCUGUGAGAAGCCAGCCGAAUUCCUGCCAGUUCAAACUCAGAAAUAAUGAGAACAUAAUGCCGGAUGAAAUGACUGUUUUUCAGUUGUACAUUACAACGAGGCUGGUGGAGUGCGGUUGUUAAAGCCUUCACCAUGGCCUGGUUAAUUUACCUCCCCCUUUCUCUCCUCAAGUGACUGGUUGAGUGGGUAAUUUUGGGUGUUUUUUUGUCUUUGAGAGGGAAAAAUGGUAAUGUUUUGUGAGCACCUGAAACUGCUUUCAGGGGAUGACUUUAGUAUUUAAAACCUUUCCCUGCUGAACGUUUGGAUGUGUGUAUUUUUAUAUUGCCCAAAUACUAAAUAUAUUUCAAGGUAGUAUUGUAAGUCAGAAACAGCAUUGGCAAAAGAUUAAAUUUAAAUGUUUCUUUGUGUUUCUGUUGUGAUGCUGGGCUUAAUCCAAAAUACAGUUGUGUGUAUACGAACAGUAACAUUUGCCACAUGAAAGCAUCUCCAUGUUGAAGGUCUGUAUAAGGAUCUUUAGUUUCCAAAAUGCACCCUAUUCUUCUGACUAAACAAUUUUUAUAAGAGGUGGAGUGACUGCGAACUGAGUGAUUGUUACAUUUUUCUUUAAAUCUGCAUAUGACACCAGAGGAUCUAUAUUAAUAUAUUGUAGUUAGGUUGAACUGUGUGAUUGCAUUCUAUUUAUUUUGUUUGAUUGGUUUGUAUUGAAAGAUUGCCAGAAUUUGUGAGUGAAUCCCAGGAUUUUUGCUUCUUAACCUUUUUAAUUAUGCAUCUUUUUAAUUAGAUAUCUAACUUGGGGGGGUGGGGGGGACUACAAGUUUUGAUAUAAUGGAGUAGAGUCCCAAUAGUAUGGAUUAAGCAAAAGAAUAGUGUUAUUUUUUUGAAUCCAAGCACAACUCAGUGAAAUUUAUUGCACAUUCUUCCAUAGCCCAGAUGCUGUCAGAAUAUUGUUACCUCUCUCAUUUAAGUCCACUUAAACUGAAUGGAAUGCUAAAUCUAAUUUAAAUAUAACACUGGAUCGUUAUUGAUUUGAAUAAUUACUCUUUGUUCAUGUUGCUGUUUUUUAUGUAGCAGCACACCAUGGAAGGCCCUAAAUAACCAGAGGUAAAUGGUCUUCAAAGUUACAUCUACUGUCAAAUAUAAAUGCUGCAUUUUUGGUUCAUUCUGUUGCUUACCUGACUCUUUACCAGAAUCAACUUACAUUUUGCCCAUUUUCAAGACCCCCUUUUGCACCUUUGACUAGCUAUGUUCGGAUACUGCAGGCAAUGUUGCCACAUCAUUGAACUAUUUUUUACUUCUGAAGAGUUGGAAAAAGUCAAAAUUACACUGAUCCAUUCCUUUGUCUAUUAUGCACAAGCCUCAAGCAAGGAUGUGUAGUUUCAUACAUGGCAUUAUAUGUAGUGUGUGGGUUGAUGAAGCUAAAAUUAAUGGGACUCUACUGUUUUUAAGAUGUAAAUAUUGUAUGGCUACUGUUACCUUGGUAUAACUGUCUCAUGUAGAAUGUCAUUGGGUAUUGAGUGGUAAAGAAAGGGUUAAGAGAAUUUUUUGCAUUUUGUGCAUAGUGUUUUGUCACUCACUCUGACUUUUGUUAAUUGUCCUUGUCGGGGUUGUGGAAGUCCAGAGCCUAUCCCAGAAUCACUGGGCAUUAGCCCAGGAGGAUUACAACCUGGACGAGAUGCCAGUCGAUAGCAGGAGUCUUUUGUUAGCAUUGGCCAAAUGCAACCCCCCGAUCUCUGAACAACAUGAGUAAUGCAGUGGCUCUACUGAGUUUGAUGUGCCACUGACAGGCCAGGACCUUCAAAGGGCUGUAGUUACCCCUGGUAGUGUGUCUGAUUUGUUUUUCCUUAUUAUAACUGUACUUUCUUAAAACUGCAUACUCCUGAAAUGUGAAAGCAGAAUACAAACUGAUAUUUUGCGUACUGCUUCAGUAAGUCAGACAUCCAUUGUGCUCAGUCUCAUUUGUCUGGUUCUGUUAGUGGAGAACUGACCUCCAGAGUAUGGAAAAAACUCAAGCCCUUUAAACAUGGUCAUUUUAUCCCAUGUUAUUUCUUACCCAAACCUCAAAUUGUGAUAAUUUUUUAAAUGCUGGUCUUGUGCUGUUUAUUCACCACUGAGAAAACAGUCCAUUUGUACAUCUGUGCUGUACAAAUACAGAACCAGAACUUACAGCAGUCUUGACUACUGCUGCUCUGAUUGGAAAUCUCACAUCAUCAUAAUUGCUAUGUAAGGAGUUGGGCAGAUUAUUUUUGUCUUGGGAUCCAAAUACUAGGGUUCUUGAUCCUUGAUCACUUGUUAAUUUUUCUAAAGGAUCAUGGAGUCUUUCAAUUCAGGGAGCUGGUAACACCUUUUUUGUUCCAUGUUUAGCUAUGUUUUGAUAGUGUUUGCUCAGGACAUUUGAGUGCCUGUAUUGUGCUGUAUGCCUUGAAUCGGUUGAGUGUUAAUUCAAUUAGUUUGUACUGAAUUGAAACUGAUGGAUUCUGCUCCAAUUGCUGAAUGUCGUCCUCCGAGUUACACUCCUGUUGUAAGGAGAUGCAUAGCAUAUGUAAUUAACAUUGGGUGUUGGCUUCCUGACUUGGAGACCUCAGAUAAUCUUGAGUUUUGUUAAAAAGUAGGCCCAGAAUGGAGGUCAGUUACUCCAAAAUUUUGCCUAAUAAUUGUCCUGUGUUGCAUGUAGAGGUACUGAAUCAAACCAGAAAAUGUUCAAAUAGGAUUAAAGUAGCUAUUUGAAUGUAGUCAAUGGAGUUUGAGGGGCCUUGCUGAGCUCUUAUAUUCAGCUGGGGCAUCAUUUGUAACUUUUAACAUUACUGUUAAAUUAUUUUGAUCUACUGAAAUGGUAUAUAGUCAAUUUGAUUUGAUGCAAUACCUAACUGGGUUAAUCAGUUUCUCUGUUAAGUAGCAUUUCAUACUGCUUGACACCUUCUGUAAAAAUGUUUGCCUGAUAACUUCCCACCACUUUUCAGUUACACUGAAGAAAAGACCUGUGGUUAACAACAUAUAUUGCAUUUUACUUUCAUUUGGAAGUUAAUGUGGAGAAAAAGUAAUCAUCUAAAUCCCAAGAACAGCUUGAUUAGUCAAAGUACCAGUCAGCCCCAUCAAACUUUGCCAGAAAGGUGUAUUUUUUUUUUUUUUUUUUAAUUAAACCUUUAGGAUUGUAUGGUGUGUAACAAAAAGAUUAAGGUAAUA